GCUGCCACCUCCCGGUGCAGCGCAUCACUCCGCGCUGCCGCUCCCUCACGUCCCCCCCAGGGCUCCGGGCUGCGGGUGGCGGUGCGGAGCUGCAGGAGCUCGGCAGAAGGAGCUCGGCUGUGGGCUGUUGUGGUCCCGCAGCAUCGUGUCUGCAGGGAACCGGGCUGAAAGAAAAGAGCUCGGCACCAUCUGUGCGCUCUGCUCGGUUUCGAUCCCAAUCGUCUCCUCUUCGCCUUCUUGUCUCCCCCUUCUCCCCCCCCCCAGCCUUUUUUUGGAUCUCACGGGGUGCACGUGUGCAAGAAAUGCCUCGGUCAAGGUCCAGCCCUGAGUGAGCACAGGGAAUGCAGGAAGCAGCAAAACUGCCCAGGAAAGCCCAGCUCUGGGUACCGCUGUUUGGCAGCACCAUGUGCCACCUCAGAGGCCACAGCGCUGCUCAGAGGUACCCGAGCAGGGAACAAGGUCCCAGUCAUAGCAUGAGCUGAGGAUUUUGAAGCUGAGCUCACAGGGCCUCCCUCUGCUCACUGAGGAGGGACAAAGCACCCCCAAGUGCUUCUCACUUCCCUCUUGAGGGCUCACAGAGUGGAAACUGCAAGAGUCCCACUGCUAUUUGCAGAGGCAGGUUUCCCCCACAAAUUCCCAAGAGCUGCAGAGCUGCAGCUCCAUGUUGGCUCCGUCACACUCACAAUGCCAACAUUGCUUUUUCCUCUACCACCAGCCCUGCAGGCGGGCAGCCCGUGGAGCACCGAGCUCAUGGGCUGAGCCCGUCCUGACAUGAGAUGCUCCCAGCAGAGCCAUCCCCUGUACGUUCUCUGCCAUGAGCAAUGAGCUCCAUCCCACCAACACCAGCCCCACCAGCUCACGGCCCCACUCACACAGGGCAGGAGUUUCUGUGCUGAACGGAAAACCCUUGUUGCUGCCCCACUGAUGUUUAUGGAAAGUAGCAGGUAUUGCUCCUUCCUCCCCCUCCAGCUGCUUCUGCGGAACCAUCCCCCGGGCUGAGCUGAGUCACCGCUGUGUGCUGCAGUGCUGGGAGAGACUGACACAAAUCAACACUCCACCAAUAGAAAGAGGGGGAAAGAGCGGCUGUCCAGCCUGGUUUGCUUACUCUAAAGAGACCUAAUGGAGUGUGGGGAUACCCCCGGGUGUGGGCAUCGCUCCUCCCCGCUGUGCCAUCCUUCCUGCUCCCAUCGCUGCUCCUUUCCUCUGCAAAACCUGGGAAAGCAACAACACGGUGCCAGCUGGACCAGCUCAGGGUGCUCGUUUUGCUCAGCAGAAGAACUUUAGAAUCACAGAACAUCCCGAGUCAGAGGGGACCCAUAUGGAUUGUGGAGUUCAACCCCUCCUCCACGCAGCACCACUCAAACCCAGACCUGACGUCUGAGGGCAGUGCCCUGAUGCCUCCUGAGCUCCAGCAGUGUGGGGCUGAGCCCACUGCCAUGGGAGCUGCUCUAUGCCCACCAACCUCUGGCACAGAGCUCCCCCCUUUAUCCCCCACCCAGCCCUCCCCUGACACAUCUCUGUGCCAUUCCCUUGGAUGGAAGAGCUCCCAUGGAGAUGGGCGAUGCCAGGGACACAGAGCUGCACGGCCCAUGGGACCUCUCCCUGCUGCGAGCACCAAGACAUCUCCAUCGUGUGCCUGGUGACGGUGCCUCCCUCCCAUCCCUGAGCCCCCUGCAGAUCAAGGAGCCAAUACACUGCGCUGUGUGAGUGGCCAAUUUGCAUCGAAGGGAUAAGGGGAAGCCCCAGGAAACACAUGGCCCAGGCAUUAAUCAAAUCGACCUCUAAUUAUAAACCUGCAGAGUAGCACACGGGGCUGGAGCUGGCAGCACGAUGGCAGCAGCCAGGAGACAAUAAGCACUGCAGGAGAGCUGAGUGUCCCAGCGUUGGGCGCACCAACCCCACACACGGUUCCCUCCCCUCCCAAAGCCAUGGAUGGGACGUGCCUGGGAAGAGCCGCCAUGAACAACUGCACCAACCAGCAGUACUGGGACAGCCUCCUCUGCCUCUGCAUCCCCUGCACCCUCAUGUGCAGGAGCUCGGCCGAGCGGAGGUGCAAGGCGCUGUGCGAGUCUGCGGUCUGUAACAGGAGAGCUGGCUUCUACUAUGACGAGCUGGUGAAGAAGUGCAUCAACUGCAGCACAGUGUGUGGGCAGCACCCCAAGCAAUGCGAUGCCGCGUGUGGAGGAUCUCUGCUCUCCAGUCACUCCCCACCAGCCGCCCUGGUUUCAGCAUCACCUCCCGCGGCUGCACUGGAGCAGAAGGUUUGUGUGGAGCAGGAGCCGUGGCUGGUGGUGUACCUGCUGCUGGGGCUCUGCCUCUGCGCCCUCGUCUGCUCCCUGGUGCUGGGCUGGACACACUUGCGGAGGAAGGGGGAGGUGGGCUCCUGCCAGGCCAGCACCGGGACCUGCCACUGCCGGGAGGACCCUGCCAAGGAUCACCUGGUGGAAGCUGGCAGUGUCGGUGAAGGAUCCACGGGCAGCAAAGCCCCAGAGCCGGUGGAAACCUGCGGCUUCUGCUUCCCCGGCCACGGCUCCGCUGUGCAGGAGAGCAAACCGUGCCACAGCCCAUCCUGCCACGCAGGGGAACGAGCUGCUGCCCCUCACGCUGGGAUAUGCAGCAUGGGCAGCGCGGGGGCGAUCCCCAGUAACAACGAUGGCCACUUCAAAAUCAUCUGCUCCCCUUCACAAGAGAAGACGCCCACGGUGUGACUGCGGGAGCUCCUGCACCGGGCUGCAAAGGAGGGCUGCUCCCCAAGCACAGCUGAUCACCCUCUGCCUCCAGCACCCAGGAUGGAUGGGCUGAGCACAGCCUCUGCUCGAGGGCUGCAGGCACAGACUGUUCUUUUCCACUCACCCAAACUCUCCGUUAGCAGCGGCUCCAUCCUCCUGCUCAACCUCUGCAGGCACCUCCGUGUGCGCUGCUGGUUGGGGCUGACAUCCCACAGGGGCUCCUCAUCACAGCUCCUCCAUCAGCAUCGCUUGGCCUCUGCAGAGGGAACUGAUGCAGCUUCACACACAGGAGCAGGGGAACUGUGCUGGGCACCGGCAUCACUGCUGCAAUGGGGCUCUGCUGUGCAAAACCAUCCCGGGCUGAGAAGCCUCUGAAACACUUUGAGUUCUGCUGUGCUGCUGACAGAGCCGGGAAUGAUGAUGCUUGAAAGCUGCUAUGGAAAAACUGGGGGUUCAGUGCGUGGAACUUUAAGUUCUCACUAAUGGAGAGUGCAGGGCUUCUGCUUGGCGUGGAAUCACUCCCAAGAGGAGAUUCAAGGCCUUGAGUUUGUUUCUCAGACCAGAGCUCAAGACUUGAAAUAAUACAUGGGAGUGUCAUCAGAUGUGUGAAUUGGGGAUAGGAAAAUAAACUGCUGGAGGAACCACGAG